GCCGUAGGGCAAGAUCAGGCUUAAAGCCAUCUCAUGGGUCAAACAGACUCAAACCAACAUUUUACAACACAUCGACAGAUGAACUGUUCCACGAUACACUUAGUAUCAACGGAACGGGAAACGGUCAUAUCGUCGAGAAUAAUAGUGGCUAACGCUACAUAAAGCCCAACGCAGAAGAUGGACUACCUCAUUCGCUUCUCCCAGUCUCAUGAGACGUUCCGUCUCCCGGAGAUUGAAGCCUUGGCUGUGAUUGAGGGCAUUGACAUGAAAGUUGUCUCAUACAGUCUAGAAUCCCCCUUCUGCAUCGUCUCCCUCCCCUCAUCCGCCGCCGCCAAACAACUCAUUCAGCGCUCCAUCCUAGCCAUGUCGGUGCACGAACUCUGGGGUUCCGGCGGUGACCUCUCCACAGUCCAUUCCCAUGUCCGCGAGACCACUUCCCACCUCUGGGAGCGGUACAUGACAUGCUCGUUCAAGUUCAGCAUCGACUCGUACCAGGGGUCUCGCACGGCCGACGAGAAGGUGUCCAUCAUCAACUCGUUUGCGUAUUUGGGUUUCGCAGGCCCGAUCCGCAUGCGCGGGGCCGACGAGGAGUUCACGCUCUUUGAGGAUUGGGAGUGGAACUCGACCCCGCUGGGCAUUCCGGAUCCGAAGUACUAUUAUUUUGGCCGGUAUCUGGGAUCGGGGGCAAGGGAUUUGCCUAAGAAGUUGGAUCUGAAGAAGCGGAGGUAUAUUAGUACCACGUCCAUGGACGCCGAGCUUGCGCUGGUGACGGCAAACUUGGCCUUGGCUGCGCCGGGCAAGAUUAUGUAUGACCCCUUUGUGGGCACGGGUAGUUUUCCGAUUGCUUGCGCGCAGUUCGGGGCGGUGGCGUUUGGGAGUGAUAUUGAUGGGAGGAGUAUCAGGGGUGAUGAGAAGAAUAGGACGCUGAAGGGGAAUUUUGAGCAGUAUGGCUUGCUGGGCCGGUUGGGCGGCAUGUUUACCGCUGACUUGACCAACUCGCCGAUCAGGAGGGUGCCGCUGCGCUAUGAUGGCGAUGGGGUGACCGGGCGGUUGUUUGAUGGGAUUGUGUGCGAUCCGCCAUAUGGAGUAAGGGAAGGGCUGCGGGUGCUUGGGGUACGGGACCCCGAAAAGUGCCCUUGGGUCAUACCCAAGGGAAAGGAGAUGUACAAGGAUCCGGAUUUCAUUCCCCCUAGAAAGCCGUAUAGUUUCCUGGCCAUGCUAGAUAGCAUCCUGCAGUUCUCGGCCGAGACGCUGGUAGACCACGGCCGACUCUCAUUCUGGAUGCCGACUGCAAACGACGAGAACCAAGAAAUCCCGGUGCCAACGCACCCUUACCUUGAGAUUGUGUCCAUCUGCACACAAAGCUUCAACAAAUGGUCUCGGCGACUUAUCACUUACCGCCGCAUCCCUGAUGUGGAGGUCGAUCCCAGGGCGAUGAAGGCGCGUGAGGAGAGGAUAUCCAUCGGUAAAACAGCCGACGAGCUAAAUCCCUUCCGCAAGGCUUAUUUCAGUAAGUUUGAGGCCUGAAGGAAUCGAUCUCUCGAAUCUGUCGUCAGAUACCCGUCAAGGAUGUACAAUGGAAGAGUUGCAUCCAUCCCCCAUGUUGCCCUCAUAGCGUCCUGUCCUGCCUCAGCGUCUCAGGGCCGCAGUGAAUGCGCUAUGAGAAGUCUGAUCCAGAAAUCAUGCCCCUAUUCUCAUUCCUCUCGUCCCAUCUGAUACUCCAGUAAUCCGUUGUGUGUGCUGUUCUGCCCAUGUCUGUGGGGAUAGACCCUCCGAAAACGGCAAUAUGCAUUCCAGAAACCGGCGCCUGUAAUCAGAAAUGCGACAAGAGAAAUAUAGUGUGAUCGAUCGAUACGACCGGAGGCCUCGGUUAUGCGGUCCUUCCCUUAGCAGGGCUCGGCCCGCGCGUGUGUGACUUCAAUCCCAUUGUUUCGUGUCACAAUUCAUCUGAACUCCAUGGCGCCAUAACACCCCUUGUCGUCCACGUGUCUCAGCUCUAGCUGCUGGAACCUGCCGCGUU